AUGAUUUCUAUUUUACUUACUGAUUUAGAAUUUGAAAUGAUCAGAAGAUAUGCAGAAUGUUUUUGGUUGAAAAAUGGGUUAGGCUCCAAUGCCCAGUCCGAACUCCCCCCAGAAGUCGUUCGUGAGAUUGUAAAUCGACUACAUACUUUCCAAGAUUUUAUAGCGGCUGCAGGGGUUUCCCGAACAUGGCGCUCUGUUUGUUUGAGCAUCAGUAGAAGGACUCAGCUUCCUUGCCUGAUGCUUUCCGAAACACCUUCCACAGACAUGCGACAUUUCUUCAGUCUCUGCGACAACAAUCGUUAUCAAUUACAAUUAUCUGAAGUCCAAGGAAAACGCUGUUGGGGAUCUCCACAUGGUUGGGUUGUAACCUUGGGUCCUGAUUAUGAAACCCACCUUCUGCACCUUGUUAAAAGAGUACAAAUUCCUCUUCCACCACUAAACACAAUUCGAACUCUGGCUGCUACAGAAGAGUGGUUUUGCCUUGUACACAAAUUCAUUCUUUUAAAUGACUCUUCCCAGGACUCAUCGUUACUUGUCAUUGCAAUUUUCGGCCCUGUGAAUCGCUUAGCUUUUGCUAGGGUGGCUUUCGACAGAGGAGGAGAAGAAGUGGCUUUGAAUAGAAGGGGACAGGGUCAGUGGGCUAUUGUUACCAAUCCAGACAUUUUGAAAUUCAAUGAUGUUGCAUGCUUUAAUGAUCAAUUGUAUGGACUUUGUGACAACGGCAAACUGGUGUGCCUUGAGCUUGAUGCUCCUCUGGCAGCUGAGAUACAAGUUAUUGCUCCCCAACCAAGCGAAGAAGAAGUAGGCAUGCCCCAAAAACUGUAUUUGAUGAAUUCAUCAGAAAAUCUUUUCGUUGUUUUUCAUUACGGAUUUCUUAUUCCUUCGAAGAUGAGGCACGAGACUAUAUGCUUUUUGGUCUACAAGUUCAACUUUGGUGCAUUGGCUUGGGAGGAAGUGACAGACUUGGAAGAUCUUGCUGUUUUUGUUGGUGAUGGCAAUUCCUGGUGCAUUCAUACAAGCGCUAUCCUUUGCAGAAGUAAUUGCAUCUACUUCACAGAUGACAAUUGGGAGUGGCAAAGGUACCCAGGAGUGGCAUAUGGAGGCCGUGAUGUUGGAGUUUUUAGCAUGGCACAGAGGGUAAUCCAACGCCUUCCAUUUGGUAAGGACAACCCUCGUUCUUAUUCUCGACCAAUUUGGGUUACACCUACGCUGCGUUUGGAUGAGCUUUAG